AGGUCAUCAAGCAACCCAGAAAGCCAUCCUUGGAUCCGAUCAAUCAAGCUGAAUCCAAGCAAACUACCCAUCUAGAGCCAAGGAUGCCGCCCUGCCUAGCCACUAAUCCCAACCCACUGACGGUAAAGUGCCUUCCUGUCCCUGCCCCGUUGAAGAACCCUAAGGACGGCAGCACUCGGCUACCAGUGCCUCACAUGUUUGGAACAAAGGUCGCAGAUGGAAGAGGUCAUCAUGCAACCCAGCAAGCCAUCCUUGGAUCCGAUCUAAGAAAAGUCGGUCAAUCAAGACGAAUCCAAUCAAACCCAAAUCCAGAGUCAUCCACGAGAAUGAACGAAUUGCCACCAGGUAUUGGCCAGUAUGCGAGAAGGAAGAGCAGGGGGGGGGCAGGGAAACCCUCUCAGAAUGUCCCACUGUUUACAGCCCAGGGGCUGUGCCACGUGGAAGAAAAAGCACCAUAUCAUAUGACAUGUUCACUCCAUAGCACAGGGAUGGAGGAGGCACUUCCCCAGGAGCACAGAGGCCCAGACUUGGCAUCGGUUUUGGUGCUGCUGUUGCUGAUAUUCGCUGAUUACCAAAUUUCCCGGACCCUGGAUGCCGCGAUCUGCGCGGGAAUCACUGUCGUCGUAAGUGUGGGAAGCUUUGUCGGAAGAGUCGUGCCUGCUGUUGUUGUUGUUGUUGGUGUUGCUGUUGAUGGCGUUGAUGUUGCUAUUAUCGGAAAGUUUCCGGGUGUCCCCGCGGCAGCGGAUGUCGCUGCAAUCUGCGCAGAGAUGGCUGUCAUUGUCGUUGAUGACGUGGCAGUUGUUGAUGAUGUAAGAGCCAUACUGCGAGAUCAUGAUGCCGCCGUGAUCUGCACAGGAUCAGCAGCUGUUGUUGUUGUUGAUGCUGGUGUUGGAAGCGUUGUUGUUGUCGUCCCUGUCCGUAUUGAUGUAGCUCAUGUUGAUAUCGUAGAUCGCUGGAUGUCGCCGCGAUCCAACCUUCUGGAGCUUGAAGAUGCUGCAGUUCAUUCUGCCCUUUCGUCAUGUCACCACCGAAUCGAUGCAAUUGCUGUAAAAUAGUCACUGAAUAGUGCUUGUCCCUCCUUGAAAGGUCAUAGAAUUUCUGCAUGAGUGCGUGUGCCUGCGUCCAAUCAAUAAUAUCAUCAAGU